AUGGAGCUUCCCUUUGUUACUCUCGAUGUUUUCACAAAGACUCGCUAUCGAGGCAAUCCUCUCGCCGUGGUUACGAUUCCUGCAGAUGGAAAGACUACCAAGCCUACGCAAGAGCAGAAGCAAACAAUUGCCCGCGAAUUUAACCUCUCCGAGACGGUAUUUAUCCACGAGAACGAUCCCGACAUCGACAGUGAUGUCACUCGCAGAGUGAUCGACAUCUUUACCGUUGACACUGAGAUCCCGUUUGCCGGACAUCCCACCAUAGGCGCCGCUGUCACCCUCAUCCCUAAAGGCGUUGAUACAGUGAUAACAAAGGCAGGCCCAAUCGCUCUUAUCCAGACCCGCCCUGGAUAUAUUCAAGCUGCCAUCCCGCACAACGUUCGCUGCCACCAGAAGACCUUGACUGACCUAUCUGUACCAGCCCCUGGCCAGAUCUCCUCAGACCCUGCGAUACGCGAAUCUGAACUCAAUGCACCUCUGUUCAGUAUUGUCAAUGGCAUGACAUUUGCGCUCAUCAAGCUUCCAGAUCUUGAGCAUCUCGGAAAGGUCCAGACGUAUGGUACAUCCCUGCCCGUACAUAAGCUUCUUGACGCUGGUUGGGAGAAUGGUCUCCUGUGCAAAUACUACUAUGUGAUCAACAGCCAACACGAGGAAGACGGCGUGACAGUUUGCUCUAUUCGUUCGAGAAUGAUGGAAGCUGUGAUGGAAGACCCUGCUACAGGCAGUGCUGCAAGUGCGCUUUCGAGCUAUCUUUCGCUUCAGCAGACUGACCUCAGUGACCACGCCUUUCGAUAUGAGAUUGACCAGGGUGUCGAGAUGGGCCGGGAGAGUAACAUUAUAGUUGACGUUGAUCUGAAGGAGUCCAAGAUUUCUACUGUCAAGCUUUCGGGGACAGCUACACCUGUGAUGCACGGCCAUAUUAGUAUCUAG